UUAUGUUUUGGUGAAUAGAGGACGUUGGGAUCUUCCGGGGUUCAUAUGUGAUUUUUAUAUAGCUAUGGAUGUGAUAUGUUCAACAUCAUCGAUAUUCAAUCUAGUGGCGAUAUCGAUAGAUCGGUAUAUUGCUGUGACGAGACCCAUAGAAUAUGCGAAACACCGGAACAGUCCACGUGUUUGCCUGACUAUCCUAUUCGCCUGGGCAAUUUCAGCGGCUAUCGGUCUACCAAUAGUUUUGGGCCUCAACAACACACCUGAUCGCGUUCCGCAACUUUGUAUAUUCUACAACAGUUUGUUCAUUCUUUGCUCUUCGUUAAGCAGUUUCUACAUUCCCUGUACAAUAAUGGUUUUCCUAUACUGGAAUAUUUUCAGGGCACUGAAUAUGCGAGCCAAGAAGCAACGCGCCGCGCGAAGGCCGCACCUAUCGGAGCUGACGGGUGGCAGCGUCAUUGAGAAUGUAGCACAAACGCGCCGGCUGGCCGAAACGGCGCUGGGCAGCGACAGGCACGCGGUCCGCAUAAUUCCUGACGAGCCGGCGACGAACACUGCGUCGGGGUCAAACGAGGAAGAGGAGGAGCCCGGCGGUGGUGCCAUAUCGCCGGACAUCGACGAUUGCCAUGUCAUCGUCAAUGACAAAUCCACAGAAUUUAUGCUAGCCACCGUAGUGGAGGAGACUGGCAUUGUUGUUGCGCAGAUCAGCAGUCCACCACAACUUGUGGUGGCCGAUCCAAAUGGUAAUCAUGAUUCUGGUUAUGCACCCUCAAACGUUGACGAUGUCCUUGCAGGCGCAGCCGCCGAUUCGUCGCCGCCGGAUAGCCCGGAGCCUAGUGGGACAUACAAACGGUCCAGUGUGAGCAGCAGUAGACGCAACACCGCUACUGGUGAUUCACCCAUCAAACGGGAGCCCUCCCUCAGUGUUGCGAUGAAGCCGCUGUCCUUCGUCCGCUGCGGGGUCCAAGAACCAAUUACACUGGCACGCAACGAUUCCACACUUUCAGCAGCGUCGAAGAGCUCUUCGCGUAAGGACAAGAAAAACUCGCAGGCCUCGAGGUUCACAAUAUACAAAGUACACAAAGCUUCGAAGAAAAAGCGCGAAAAGUCGUCGGCGAAGAAAGAGCAGAAAGCCACCAAAACUCUCGCCAUCGUUCUGGGUGUCUUCCUGGUUUGCUGGUUGCCAUUCUUCACGUGCAAUGUCUCGGAUGCUGUCUGUGCUAUGUUGAGUAUAAGCUGGCGACCAGGCGUCACCCUCUUCAUAUUCACCACCUGGCUGGGCUACAUCAACAGCUUCGUCAAUCCCAUCAUCUAUACGAUCUUCAACCCAGAGUUCCGCAAAGCAUUCAAAAAGAUCAUGCACUUAGGGUGAUUAACAUCAUCGCUGAUCGGACUAGUCUGCGCAAAAGUAAACGCGAACGUGCAAAGUAAUAAGCACAUAUACAUUUUUAUAAUGAUAACGGUGGAAGAGGGCAAAAUAUUUCUUCAUUAUAAUAGCAAUAACAAAAACUAUAACUAUACUAAUACACGCAUUGCCCGUCGCAGCGACAAGAGUCAUAAGCAUUACUUCGCGAUUUUAUAGACGACAACCCGCACAUGCAAAAAACUCAACAACAACAACUUAUAAAUAUAGACACAUACAUAUACUAAUCAUAAUAACUUUAGAGUAGCUCUAGGUAAAAGUUAAGAUAUCCAAAUGCAAUUGAAAACUUUUGUUCGAUCUUAAUUGCCGCCUACAUUUGCUAUAUUUACAUUUGGAAUAAAUAUGCAGGUGCAAAAUUUUCAUAUGUAUAGCAGAGAACUUAGUAAAUGUAGUGCCUCUAGCUGUACAGAGAGUAAUGGUGGAUCAGGUAAUUUCACAACUAGGCUUAACGGAAUCAGUUUGUAAAUAUAUAUACCCAAAUGCUAACAAAUUGGCAUUAUACUCCAUUUUGUCCUGUGUACAAUAUGGCGGACGAAUACGUAAGUAUAAUAGAAAGAGAGAGAGCAAAAGGUGCGCUUUUGAGCAAAGACAACGUAAAAGCUUUCAAGCUCUUUAAUCAAGUCUCACCGAAAACAUUUUUUCUUUCUCCUCUUUCUGCUAAAUUUGUGAAGAGAGUUGUUUAUGUAUUCCCAUCUUAAGUAAUAAUCAAUUAGGCUGUACUCUACUUUGUUUACAAUUUGCUAAAUAAUUUGCUAAUUGACUCAAUUAAGACGCUUUUAAGCCAAUAUAAACACAUGCGCUGUUUUCGGUACGUGGUUACUCUGAUGAGUAUCUCGCAGUAACCAUUUUUCUUGUCAAAGAAAUUUACAUGUAAAUGAAUAUCCGGAUACCUCAAUAAAGUAGUAUAUCCGCUCAAUCCUAGCAAGUUUUCUUUUACAUAUUUCAGACCAGUUUUUCUAUCUAAUUAAAAGAAAAUAUAAAUUUUUUGUAUUGAUUUUUAAAACUUAAGACUUGAAAUAAAAUACAAUUAUUUAUAGAAAACUUUGGGAUCGAACACUUUAUCCAACAAAGAAAGAAGCGCGACACCAAUUUGAACUUCGGUAUAGUUUCUUCGAUACAACGCCUGACGUAUCAAAUAGUAGAAACAUAUUCAGGUUUUGUUCCUUAUUUAGCAUUCUGGGAGCUCUUUAGCCAACAACCAUCCACCAUAUUGUACACACAUAUGUAUAUAUAUAUAUGUACAUUACGAAGCAUAUGAGGGAAAUUAAAGUGCUUCCCCAGCAUAGCGCUAUAAUGUUAAGAAGAUAACUUAUUUUCCAAAAGAGUAAUACACCAAGAGCGCAUAAGCAUAGAACUUCUUAAGUAAUUAGGUAAUCAAAUUUCUCACGCUAGUAAAAGUAAAAAAAAAUUAUGAAUAUCAUCGAGCCAGAUUUCUAGCCUCAUUUCUCAAUUUUUAUUCAAGUCGAACAUAUCACCAAACCAACUUACAAUGAAUUUCGUAUAAACUCGAACACAAACCAACGAUAGUUUCACAUAUCUAGAGAACGGGCGAAUCCUUGAACAAUAAAAAACAAUUAUCAAAACGAAAUUUUGUAAAAUCGGUUUACCAAAUGGCUUGUAAACUUUAUACAUACAUAAAUCAAUACUCGUAGGCUAUAAUUCUUACUUGAAGCAUGAAAGCGCUGGUUGUCAUAACAGCACUAGUUAAGUCUAAUAAAUUUAUGCAAAUGAAACUUAUUUCUUAGAUACAUAUGUACAUACAUACGUACAAGUAUGCGAUGCUGCAAAAAGAAGCCCCAGCAAAGCGUCCCGUAUCUCAAAUUCGAGAAUAUAUUGCCACAUCCCUCUGAAAGAUAUUGCCAGAUUUUCAAAAAAUCACCGAAAAUCGGUUUCUCUUUCGGAGUUUAAAAAUGGCAAAGCAAAAUGAGCCCCACUGCGAGACUUUUGCGGCGAUUUCUUUGAGCGGUUCCGGUAAUAUAGCGUACGUAAAUAAAAGAUAAACUAGUAAAACUCGAAAUGAAAGCAAUUAGAAGAACUUAGUUACUUAAUAAGACCUACUAAGUGCAAAAUACAUUAUAUCAUACCAGAUGGCAUGAAAUUAGUUGAGUUAAUUAUGGAACAAUUAAUCUAAAUGAAUAAUCAAAACUCAUAAGAAAUAUCAGGGUACUCAAGUAAAUCAAAUAAAUAAUCAUAAUUAACAAAUUAACAGUUAUAGCAAAUGUAAAUGUAUAUAUGCAUAAUUAAGUUGCGACUAAGAGACAAUGUACCGUGUUAAGCAUGUGUGUACAGUUAGCUGUUAAGUAUACUUAUAUGUAUGUAGCUAAUUCCAAUGCCGCUGCAGAGGCAAACAUAGAAUUUGUUCAGUUUUAAUGACCGUCCUCUCAAUUGUUUCUAUGCGACAAAUAAUUAAUUAUACACAAAACAACAAAUACAUAAGUGCAUACAUGUAUAUAAAUAUACAUAUACUCUUACAAUUAAACUUAAAACUAAAUAGAAAAUGUUUAACUUUAAGGAAGCCAGAAAUCUCGCUGGAGAAAUUGUAAAAAACAAAAUAAAACAAUAACUGCAAAGAAAGUAGCGAGCGAGAAUAGCGGUAAAUGCUCAACACUUUUGUACUUUCCUAUAAUUUUGUUACGCGAUUGCAUAAAUCAAUUUACGGUAUUUGUGUUUAGACUUAAACUACUCAUACUUAGGCGUACAGAGUUGUUAGCGUGUAUGCAAAUGUAAGCAUUUAAGUGACAAAUAGUUAAGCGAUUGACUCUAAAUAGACGUAAGGCCCCCACUCAGUUACGUACCUAGCGAAGACAUGGCGACAAACCUGAACCCCCCACACACACACAUACAAACAUUGUGUAUGUGCAUGUAAAUGCAGCUGGUACAAGUGCACAUACAUAUACCUAUUCAUAUAUACAUAUAUACAUAUAAGUAAGUAUAUAGAUACAUAUGGAUGUACAUAGAUAAAUGAAGUAUGCAUUGCGGUGGGUAGCAUAAAUUCUUCCAAAAGAGACGCUUAUUAAAUUUAAAUAUGUUAAUUGAUUGUAAUUAAUUACUAAAUUAUGUAUGUUCAACGCAAAUAUAACUCAUUUAACGUGUGUGUAUGUAGUUGAGUUGUGUUGGUGAGCAACUUUUUCGAAUAAUUAAGUGUGGUUUUACUAGAAUUACACACACGCACACACACAAAUACAUAAUAUACAUAUGUAAAAUGAAAAAUUGUUUUCGCCACACACGCACACACACACACACACACUUAUAAAAAACCAAGACUUCAUAACACACACACAGCCAUGCGCGUUUUUUUCCUUAUUCACUUAGCAAAUAUAACGGUAUGGCACGCCAUUUUUAUCUGGCUUACACACAUAAACAUACACAUAUAUA